AUGUUUGCUCCCAAACUCAUGAUUUUCUUCGUCGUUGUUGUAUUACUGGCUAUUCCUUCUUCCGUUAAUGCAUAUCUGAGUACCUUCCAAUUCGAAGGACAGUUUGAAUGCAACAAACCAUCGUUCCAUUACAGAAUUGUGGUUUAUGAAAACGAUAAUAUUUUUGAUGAUGCGAUUGGACAUACAGACAGAAUGUACUCAAGAGAACCACAUAUGUACAAUGUGUCGGCUUUUAAUUAA